UUCAUUUUCGUACCGCGCAAGUCCAAGACGAAGAGGGCGAUUCGGGAGAUCGAGCUCCAUGAAACAUUUUUCUCCACAUCGCAAAGGCGACUCACAAAUCUUUGUCCUCUCCUGCGCCGCCGCUCUGUUAACUUAGCCUUUCAAUCAUUCAACUGCUUCAUUUCUCUCCGGCCGACGGAUAAUCAUGGACGUCGAUCCUCGUCACUACGACCACAUCGCUAUCAACGACGGUGAUGUUCAGAACAUUGUUUUGUCGUAUCUUGUUCAUAAUUGUUAUAAAGAAACUGCAGAGUCGUUCACUGCCUCUACUGGGCUUAAACAGCAGACUGAUUGUCUUGUUGGCAUGGAGAAAAGAAAACGUUGGAAUUUAUGAUUUUGCAGUAGAAGGGAAUGCACUUAAGGCCAUUGAGUUAACAGAAGAGGUAGCACAUGGUUUACUCGAGAAGAAUGAGGGCCUGCAUUUUGAUCUUUUGAGCCUUCAUUUUGUUGAACUUGUUUGUUCUAGAAAAUGCACAGAGGCCCUGGAAUUUGCUCAGGUCAAGCUUGCCCCUUUUGGCAAGUUGCAUAAAUAUGUGGAAAAACUUGAAGAUUCCAUGGCCCUCCUUGCUUAUGAAGAACCAGAGAAGUCUCCAAUGUUUCAUCUGCUUAGCAUGGAUUACCGGCAAAGAGUAGCAGAAAAUCUAAAUCGAGAAAUUCUUGCACAUGCAAACUUGCCGAGCUAUACAGCAAUGGAAAGGCUGAUAAAGCAGGCGACUGUAGUUAGACAGUCCUUAAGCCAAGAGCUGGGCAAGGAUGGGCCAUCACCAUUUUCCUUGAGGGAUUUUCUGAAAAGCUAAUUCAAGGAGUUAACGAGAUGCAUCCAGCUUCAGAUCUCGCUGCUACUUAUGGUUGGGGUGUGGUAUGGAAGUUUGAUCCUCUCUUCGUGUGCUUUAGGUGCCAUGUAGGCCAUAAACAGUCAUCUGGUCCCCUGAGCAAAAGUGCAUGCUGUCUCUAAUGUAUUGUGAUUGUACUUGUACAUGCUGUCUCUAGUUUUGCUGCGUGCUCUUUUUUACUCUUAUCUUCUUUCAUUUUUCAAAGCUUACAAUUGUGAGAUAUUGGCUCGCAUUAUCGUGUCUCAUAGUCACAGUCCGGUUUUGACAAGGAGGAACAUGGGAAGAACUCUGCUUUGUUGUGUUUUGCGAUGCCAUCAAAUGCCAGCUUCGUUUAUCAGUUUAAGAAAAGCCUUCUGCAUCAUCAAAUGAGUCGAUCGAGUUCUCAUUUAUUGGACUGUCUAAUUUGUAAGUAAGAAAGUGCUGGACCUUCUAAGAUUAUGAAUCAUCCACUGCUCUGAGUUUUAAGUACA